AUUUCAAAACUUUUCAGCAAGUCAUAACUGACAACAGAUUAUUUUGUCGUGGCAAGUCUAUGAUAAUGUAUGUUGAUAAGCCACCAUGACUUCAGAAUCUCAAACACCAAAUGGAGUUACUCUUAAUCGGCUACGUCGCACUUUGACAUUACCAUUGUCGAAAAUGAAACCGAGAAGUAAUAGUUUCCAAAGCUCCCAUCAAAAUGCAUUGGAUGUGGAUAUCAAUAAAAAGAAUGAAGAAAGAAACAGUAAUGGACAUAAUUCACGCAAACGACUGCAACGCAAUAAUGUUUUGUCGAAUAGCAUGCGGAAUCCAGUUAAUCGCAAGGGAGAUAUUCGUGUAAGUCAAUACGAUCUAAAAAAUCAGAAGGAGAAACAAGAACAAAAUGAUUCAAUUAUAGUGGAAAAGAAAAAUGGUCAGCCGGUGAUCCAGUCUGGAAAUGGACAGGUUCUUGGCGCUAUCAAUGAAUCUGGUGAAAACUUAAUAAUUGCUCAGGACAAUUCAACAACAGGAAGAAAAGGAAAAAAGAAGCGACCAAGACGUGCCCGAAGGUGGCCCACGCAAACUUUGGCACGUGUUUUGGAAAGAAUUAGUAUUAGUAUGAAAAAAAAUGAGCAUGCUGCCUCUGUUUUACGAACAGUUACUGUUCACCGUAAACCUGGGGAAACGCUUGGUAUUUACAUUAAGGAAGUGAAACGUAAUGUUUCUAAUUCAUCAAAUUUUUCUGAUAGCGAAGGCGAUAAAAAAACAAUACCACGUUCUUGCAUAGUGAUAUCUAGAUUGGCCCAAGACAGUGUUGCGGCCAAACAAGGUAUUUUACGAAACGGGGAUGAAGUUCUUUUGGUAAACCACAGGGAUAUCAGCGAACUUUCUCUCACAGAAGUUGCUGCUAUGAUGGAUUAUCAUCAGCAGUUGGUACUUAGUGUUCGCUCGAAGUACAUUUCUGUCAAUAACAAUAAUGAAGAAAAGAUUUCUACAGAUCAAUGUGAUUGCAAAUGUACUUCAACAGACUCUAGCACAUCGCAAACGGAUUGUUGUCAUUCUCCAAACAAAUCUCCUACCUCAGUAACUAUUUGUUCACAAGAUUCUGUUUUUUCAAGUUCAAAAGUUCCAAGAUGUUCUUCCGAUUCUCUAAAUACAAAUCACACAAGAGAGGAGGCAAUACCUAGUGUUUAUGACAAUAAUUUUCCUUCAACGUUAGUGAAUAGUGUGCCCUCGCCAGACGAAGUUGAUUCUCAUAGUAAACCGAAAGGUAGGGUGGAAAUAGAAUAUGACGAAGCAUUUCAAAUUUUAUUGAAUGCUAUAAAUAGUUUUGAAAAACCUCAACCACCUUCCAUUAUAACUUGUCAAAAUUCGAAAGUCAGCAAUAGUGAUUUUCGACCCGCAAGUUACUGGGCUCCACUUAAUCAAAUUAUUUCAAAUAAUUCUGAGAAUGACAGUACGACAGGCACAAGUAUUGACAAUGAAGAUUGUUCAGGAACGAGUGAUUCUCCAAACACAAGCAUGUCCAAUACACCACAAUUUCCAAGUACUUCUGAACUUCCCUUUUCGGAUGAUCCAGAAUAUGAUGAAGUAGCGGCCUCUGAACUGGGAGAAGCACCUGGGGAUGAGGUGCAAGUGGAUGGAUGCGCUCACUUGUUUAUACCGUAUCGUAGACAAGAUUCUUUAUCGAGUGAAGUCAGCGAAAAUCUGCCUACUGUAAAUGCAGUAUAUGUAUCAACUGCUACAUCAGCUAAUGACGAGGCUCAUCAAAGCAGUGAUUAUCAUAAGGAUACCAUGAAAGUAACUCGGAUACAAGGAGAAAAUGUAACAGGGGCACAUAGUACCAAUCCGAUAAUUUCUGUGGAAAACUCUACAGUACCACUGAUGCCUCAUACAACACAAAUUGCUGCAUCUUCCUUGCAACAUCUUAAACCUGGUCAUGUUAUAACGGUUGGACAACGACGUGAAUGGUUGGAUAAAGGCAAGGAUAUAUCUCCAGAACUAAAAACAAGACUUGAUUGGGGAAAUAAAAAACGUAACGAUAUAUCUGAAAGUGCAGUUCCCGAUGUUCCUCCACGAGCAGGAGAACAUGCUUUUACAUUUUCUGAAAAGCACAGUCAGAUGUCGUCACAUCACACCGGUCGCAGAACGUCGUCUGAAUCAUCAACUGCUAGCUCCCAUAUUGUUGCCACUACACCUCUACCUCAUGAAAACUAUAUAUUGCCUGGGCCUUCAUUGGACCGAAGUCCAAUAGAAAAAAGCCCCAAAAGUUUAUUCAAAGUCCUACAACUACAACAACCUCUGAAAUUUGAAAGUUCACUCAGUUAUGAAGAAUCUAGAAAAGAUUCAAAAGCAGAUCAACAACCAGUGAUUUCAACUCCAACACAUCAAAGAACUAUUUCUAAUCCAUCAUCGAGAACUUUUUGGAGUAAAGUAACAUCCCCACCCCGGUUACGGAAAAACAGAAUCGGCAAGAAAAUUACAAAACGAAUAAUAAAGAAGAAGGGAAGUUCUGAUGGAGAUACCACUGAUCCACCUUCCACAGAUGGUUUGAAUGAUUCAGUAUCAGUUGUUGAUCGAUACCAUUUGGAAUCUGGCGAGGAUCAACGUAGACUGAGUUGUCAAUUUGUUACUGACAAUCGACCUCAUGAUCCAUCGAUAAAACCUCUCAAUUUAUCUGAUUUCAAGAAAUACAAACCACCUGUUCCGAAUGCUGAUGGCAAAUACUCACAAACACCUAUUGCUGGUUCUCUUGUUAUCACAUUGUAUGGAGCUCGAGACAUCAAGAAAACAGUAAGUGAGGUUUACUGCAUUGCACAAGUGGAUGACGAUGUUAAACACAGAAUAAGGACCAGGAUGCAACCAUGUCGCGGAUCUGUAGCAUGGAAUGAUUGUUAUGAGGCAAAAUUGGAAGAUGCCUAUGAUCUCCAUAUCACUUUGUACUCAUGGGAAGCACACGGAAACAAUCACCAUAAAACUUUAGCGAAAUCAACCUUACCUAUAUCAGAUUUAUUGUGUGGCGUCAUUGGAGUACCUGUCAAAUUAGCUGUCAAGUUAGAACCUCGUGGAACUUUAUAUAUCAAGUUGAGCGUUGAAGAUCCAUCGACUAUGGCUGGUCCUAAAGUAUUUGGUGCCGAUUUACAAAGCAUAUUAGAUAGAGAACAAUCUGGUCUUAGUAUUCCAUUGCUCGUUAAUGAUUGCAUUAGAGAGGUGGAGGCUAGAGGGAUGUCGGUGGUUGGUAUUUAUCGUCUUUGUGGUUCUGCAAUUGCUAAGAGAGAACUGAGAAAGAAAUAUGAAGACAACUCUAAAUCCGUGGAUUUAUCGCAGGAGAAUUAUCCUGACGUCAACGUAAUAACAGGAAUACUAAAAGAUUUCUUGAGAGAACUUCCGCAGCCACUUUUUCCACCAGAACUCUUGGAAGCAGUCACAAUUGCAAUGGAGAACUCCACAGCGUCCUCGAGAGUGACAAGCGUAUCAUCUCCUUUCGAACCUACUCCACCUGUAGACUUCCCCGAUCUCCUUGUCGAUGGAGUGAUAAUGGAUGAAGAUAUACCUACAGGAAGACAGAGUGCUAUUUUCAAUUUACUCGAAGUUGAGCGAAAAGUCAAUCUUCCGCCUGCCGAACGAGCUACUCUCUACGCAUUACUAAACCACCUCAAACGAGUUUCGGCAAAUCAAGUGCAAAAUAAGAUGACAUGCCAAAAUUUAGCUGUUUGUUUUGGUCCUGUCCUUCUGGGAUCAAUCAACAUGGGACCAUCCAAAGGAUUGGAUUUGACUGCUGCCAUCGGAUUCAAGCGUCAUAUUCAAGUGCUUAAUUUUAUGGUUUCCAAUUGGCCGAGAGAUCCAGUACCUUUGCAUGAUGCUGAUGACAUUCUUGAAAACAAACCUGAGAGAGUUAUUGACUCCAUUAGCAAUGGAGACAGCCGACGGGCAUCAAAACGAAUCAGCCGAGUGAGUUUAACCCGAAGAAUCAGCUACGUCUUUUCAACGCAAACUGGUUCAAACCACUCAAGCACUUCUGGUAGUUUGAACGUUGAACUUGAUAACAUUAGAACAACAAUUCCUCUCUCUAAACAAGUUUUAAACAACACAAGAAAAAGUGGAUCGCUGGUCAAAAAAUUUCGAAUUGUUGAACGCAGCAGGUUAGCCAGUAGCUUUGGAUUUCCGAAAUCACAAGACCAAUAUUUUGGAGUCGAACUUGGAUGCGUGCGCCGAAAGAGUUUUAGAUAAAGAUGGAUAUUUUCAGCAGGAUGAGCACGAUAUUCUUUUGCAAGAUUGUGAUGAUGAAUUUUUGCGAGAGAGGAGCGUUGAUGACAGCAUGCUUUUUGAAAGAUGAAUCAGAAUAGCAAUCGUGCAGAAAAUAUACUGAGAAAAAUGUACAGCAUCGCCGCAUUGUGUCGACGUAUGGAACACACAUAUAUUGCUACAAAUGUAGCAGGUGUUAUUGUGAAACAUACUGAAUAGGUAAAGGUGCAAAUAUUCAAAAUAUGACGAUACACAGAUGUUUGUAUGUUAUUCUAUUCAGUUUUUAGUCAGGUUGAUAAACCAUUCCAUUGUAAUGCCUAUUCAAAAAUGGUAACAGAUGAAUUAGGGGUCAACUUAUAUAUUUUAUACAUAGCCCGCAUAUAAACAAGACUAUUUUUGCAUCUGCUACAUUCCAACAAGUUUGGCCAACAUAAAUGGAUUUUUAUUCUUCAGUUUUUGUUUAAAUGAAUAUAAAAUUUCUGAACUAACCCAUUAUACAGAUUUUAAAUACUAAACCAUUAUUUUCGUGUUUGUAAAUUAUUAUUUCUUCCUCAUCCUAUCAUGUUAAUUGCUUUUAUCAUUAUUAAUUUUGAUUUUUCAUUCUUGUCUUUGUAUAUUGUUGCGAAUCUUUUUUUUUUCAAUACUCACACAACUGCCAUUCAAAUAAUGUUGUUCUUCGUAAUAUCUCUCUCUACAGCUUCCUUGUUUAUUUGGGAAUGCUUAUAAUACUCCAGCCAGAAUGGGGUUAAUGUUGGAACAUUUUUUGACUGAUAUAUGCUACAGUCACUACUAUGUUUUUUUUAUCAAGGGUUUUCAAUUUAUACUUCAAUGUUCUACUUUUACGAAAACAAGUCGAAUUAAGAAGUUGUAUUUUCUUAUAAAUCUUGGAAUACUUAAAUUGGACAACAAUCCAAUAUUGUUGGAAAAACAAUAAAUAACAUAAUUAGGUUUUCGUUUAUCCAUUAGCUAAAUACUUGAAAAUUUAUUUUUGAAUUUUUAUUAACAUAAGCAAUACUAGUUUACUUUGCGUUAUGAUUUGGGUUGGACUUGGACGGAUAGAUUUUAUUAUUUUUUAAUUUUCAUUUAUGUUCAUUGUGUCUGUAUGUAUGUUUCAGUAUGUUGAUGUUUUUUCCAUCAUGAUAUGUUGUACUGACUGAUUCAUCGGACAUCGGGGCCUUGUUGCAUUGGAACAGUUUCCCAAUUCCUUUUCGCCAUGAAUUUAGCAAUAGGUUCAUUUAGUGUUUGCUAUAUAAUGUAAAUUUCCGAUAUACUGAAUAUAAAUUACUAAAUUCCAAAUAAAAGCCCCCUUGAUGACAUAGUUCUCGGUGCCAACUGUUUUUAAAUUCAUUAGUAACCUAAAUUUGAACGAAAUGAAGAAAUGCAACUUAUUUACUAUAAAAUGGUACUGAUUUUACUGGAUAUUAACAUGUUUUAAUGUUUUCCUCAUGCACCUGACUGCUUUUUUUCAUUAAUGUAAUGUAACUUUUUGUGGAACUGGUGCUAGAUAACAUAUAACACCAUUUUUUUACAAUUUGAAAAUAUUGUUCACUAUUUACUGUAUAGGUAAUUAUUCAUUCUCUAUUUUCCGCCCAUCUCUUUUCAUGGUGCAAAUAUUGUGUGUAGUUGGAAUAUUCAGGUUUAGACUCACGAAGCAUAUUGUUGUUUUUAUCUUUACCGAAUGUCGUCCGUUUUGCAUCUUCAUCAUGUACAUACUUCAUUUCUUGCCAUUACGCAAGGCCAGGAUUUCAAUAUCAGAUCAUGCUUGGGCCGAAUUCUAAGUUUGUUUAUCACAUAUUUGCUGUUGUUAGGAUUAUUCCCUAACGUCCAAGCAUGUUCUGAUAAUGAUUAACUGGUCUGGCGGACAAUAUACCUCUGUUUCUUAUUUCAAUUAUAAGGUGUGUCCACACUUCGAAAGCAGCAGUAUUAAAUCCCCAGUUCCAAAACAAUACUAUUGCAUCGAGUUUGGCCAGAAUAUCAUUAAAAUUUGUCAGGCAGACAUUUCAUCAAAAUUGACUCAUAGUAGCAACACCUCACUCACUCAAGAACAGAGUAAUGAGACCACCGAGACACUUGAGAAAUGAGUUACAGAAAAUUGACCUAUGCUGUUCUAGAAUGGAUCUGGUCACUGCUCCUCAAAUGUUUUACAUUGUAAUUGGCAAAUAAGAUUAAUUUUAAAUGUAUUAACACCCGUGCUAUUGAGGUCUUAUUCAAAAUAAUUCCAACUCACGUGCAUUUCCAAAUGAUGGUCUUCGGACUGCACUAAAUUGUAUGGAAACCUGACAAAAUUUAUUCCGUUUUGUUGAAUGUCGCCCAAAACUUGGUGUAUUGCUAUCACGCACAGUAUAUCCUAUUCAGAGUUUCCUAUGUCAAAAUGUUUUUUUCAUAUUCACUGAUAUACAAAAGGUAUGAAAAGAAACAAUCGACAGCUACAUUCAUUUCUGAAUAUUUAUGAUCAAAAUACUCAUACAAUCGAAAUAAAACGUUCGCAGAAAUGUUAUUUUACUCAUACCGAAUCUAUCAAUUUCACCAAGCGAAAAGUAUUGUCUCAAUCUGCCUGUGAACAAAUGGUAUGAUGAAGCUCAAUAUCAUUGCCAAGGUUUCACACAGCACGUAAUAUCAACAUCUAAAUUAGCUUGAGGAGUGAAUUCAUUGCAUUCAGUAAUUGCAGCUUUGGUUCAUCUGAAUGCCUGUGAUCUGUUGUUCUCCACCCAAAAAUAUAAGCCGCAUUGGCCUCGCAAAUCUUAGUAUUUUUUAUCAGUUUUACGAUCUUCAAGCAUAUGACAAUAUUUUCAUUAAUGUUUUAAAUGAAUGAUCAUCCUGCCCGAAUCGGUCUCGAUAUCCGAAUAACUAUUGACUAGAGUUCGUUUGUCUGCCAGAUUUAAUCAUUGCCUUUUUAUUAAACCUUAUAGUUCAUGGUAAUGUUAUGUCAUCUGCUUCGGUGCUUUUAUUGUCUCAUUUUUUACAUUUUGUUCUACUGUAUGUGUCACUGAAUAUAUAUACUGGUACGUAAUGAGAUUUUACACUGCG